AAUAUAAGUAAUUUUGAAACAUUCAGGGUGUCUGUAAUCUGCUGGAAAGUGUCCGGAAGUACAAGGAGGAGGCCGCCUGGCUCCUGGAGAAGGAGAAGGUCAAUCUCGAAGAGGUCAACGACUGCUUGGAGAAGGGGGAGCUCUUCGACAUCUUCCUCCCUGAAGUUGACAAGCUACGCGCACGAGCCGACCAGCUCGAAUGGUUGAAGGAGGUGAAGGAAGUCCUUGACGACCCAAGUGAGAUCUCGACGGACAUGUUGACCGGACUAGAGCAGCGAGGUUGCAACCUCAAACCUAGGCCGGAGGUUGAACAAGGAUUGAGCCGACUGUGUGGUCUCCGGAUGACAAUGGACCAGUGGGAGGUACGAGCUAACAACUGCCUACAGGCCUCCCCUAAACCUUGCCUGGAGGAGGUGGAGAGGAUGAUUAGGGAAGGAGAGAAUAUAUCUACAGGGCUACCGGCUUUAGAGAAACUCAAAGAUGCAGUUAGGAAAGCCAAGGAAUGGUGGAGUCGAGCUGAAAACCUGCAGAAGCCUGAGAACUAUCCCUACCUGGACACCCUGGAGGCUCUGGUAGGGAAAGGACGACCUCUACCUAUUCGUCUUGAUCCUCUAGCUCAGUUAGAAACACAGGUCGCUGCUGCGCGCGCUUGGCGUGAACGAACUGCGCGCGUAUUUCUGAAAAAGAACUCCCACUGUAAUCUUCUGGAGGUGUUAUCUCCCCGCCAUGAUAUUGGUUGUGAGAAGAAGAGGAAGAAACGAACAGAAGAUGGAAACUACAGACAUCCGAUAUUCCUGGGUCUAUCAGCUAUACAGCUCUCCGAUCCUCAGGAGAUCGUGAACGCAUUCAAGCAAGCUGAACAGGCAGAGCUGCAGACAAUGAAGGAAGUCAGAGUUAAGAACCAGAAUACACUGAAGAAGGAUGGAUUAAUGCUUGAAUGUGAGCUAUGUAUGGACCAGUUUCCCCCGGGAAGUAUCCCUCUGCCCCGUCUACCAUCGGGAAAAUCUAAACCAACCAGUCUCAGAGAUGUGAAAUUUCUGUGUCCAAACUGCCUCCGAUCUAGACGACCUAGAUUAGAGACGAUUCUAUCCCUGCUGGUGAGUUUACAGAAGCUGACUGUGCGCCUACCAGAGGGAGAGGCGCUGCAGUGCUUAACCGAGCGCGCUAUGGCUUGGCAGGACCGCUCCCGAACUGUGUUGGCACGACCUGAUAUAGCAGCUGCGCUUAAGAAGCUCUCAAUCCAAUCUAAGGAUGAAGGAAAUGAAAGAAUAUAACCACUGUAAGAAAUUUA